CGAAGAACGCACGACUUUCGACGCAAAGUUCGGCAACUUGGAGCUCCAGGAUUUGAGUAAUGCACGCAGACCUCAGAUCCUUGGUGUGAAGAAAGACGCCUCAGCCUCUAUUUCUAGUACUGCCAAUCAUGCCAAUGCCUUUGCCAAUGCAAACAAGCCUAAAAACGAAGCGC